CCGACGCCGCCGCGUCCCGCCUCCACUGCGCCUUGGAACCCCGGCGGCCUCCCGGCCCCCGGCCCCCGGCCCCCAGCCCCCAGCCGGCCCCGACGCGCACCACCGAGCACCGCGCACUAUAGCGGCCGCCGCCGCGGCUCCAAGCCCUACCGCCCGCCAUGAAGAAACUGGCGAGGAAGGGAUGCGACCACAAGCGCUUCCUGAAGAAUAACUGGCUGCUGCUCUCCACCGUCGCCGCGGUGGUGCUAGGGAUUGGCAUAGGAGUCUUGGUUCGAGAAUACAGCAAACUCUCUAAUCUGGAGAAGUUCUACUUUGCCUUUCCUGGAGAAAUCCUAAUGAGGAUGCUGAAACUCAUCAUUUUGCCACUAAUUGUAUCCAGCAUGAUCACAGGUGUCGCUGCAUUGGAUUCCAACGUAUCUGGAAAAAUUGGGCUACGUGCUGUUGCAUAUUAUUUCUGCACCACUCUCAUUGCUGUCAUUCUAGGUAUCGUGCUGGUGGUGACCAUCAAGCCUGGUGUCAGCCAGAAAGUGGGUGAAAUUGACAGGAGAGGCAGCAGCCCUGAAGUCAGUACUGUCGAUGCCAUGUUAGACUUGAUCAGGAAUAUGUUCCCUGAGAACCUUGUCCAAGCCUGUUUUCAGCAGUAUAAAACCACGCGAAAAGAAGUGAGUCCUCCCAGUGAGCCAGGGAUGAAUAUGACGGGAGCAUCUGUCACAGCCGUCAUGACAACUGCUGUUGCCAAGAAUGAAACAAAGGAAUACAAAGUCGUAGGCAUGUAUUCAGAUGGCAUCAAUGUCCUCGGCUUGAUUGUCUUUUGCCUUGUCUUUGGACUUGUCAUUGGAAAAAUGGGAGAAAAGGGACAGGUUCUGGUGGAUUUCUUCAAUGCUCUGACCGAUGCAACCAUGAAAAUCAUUCAGAUCAUUAUGUGUUACAUGCCAAUCGGCAUUUUAUUCCUGAUUGCCGGAAAGAUCAUAGAAGUUGAAGACUGGGACAUAUUCCGCAAGCUGGGCCUUUACAUGGCCACUGUCCUGACUGGGCUUGCAAUCCACUCCAUUGUAAUUCUUCCACUGAUAUAUUUCAUUGUGGUAAGAAAGAACCCUUUCCGGUUUGCCAUGGGGAUGGCCCAGGCUCUCCUGACAGCUCUCAUGAUCUCUUCCAGUUCAGCAACCCUGCCUGUCACUUUCCGCUGUGCUGAAGAAAAGAACCACGUGGACAAAAGGAUCACUAGAUUUGUGUUACCCGUUGGUGCUACAAUCAACAUGGACGGGACUGCACUCUACGAAGCAGUAGCAGCUGUGUUCAUUGCACAGUUGAAUGACAUGGACUUGAGCAUUGGGCAGAUCGUCACUAUCAGUGUCACAGCCACAGCUGCCAGCAUCGGAGCUGCGGGUGUACCCCAGGCUGGCCUGGUGACCAUGGUGAUCGUGCUGAGUGCUGUGGGCCUGCCCACUGAGGAUGUCACCCUGAUCAUCGCUGUCGACUGGUUCCUGGACCGGUUCAGGACCAUGGUGAACGUCCUUGGUGAUGCCUUUGGGACGGGCAUCGUGGAGAAGCUCUCUAAGAAGGAGCUGGAGCAGAUGAGUGUUGCAUCUGACGUCAACUUCUCGAACCCCUUUGCUGUGGAAACCACAACACUCGAUAAUGAAGACUCAGACGCCAAGAAGUCCUAUGUCAACGGAGGCUUUGCCAUCGACAGAUCUGACGCCAUCUCAUUCACCCAGACCUCACAGUUCUAGAGCCCUGGCUUCAGGUGACUGGGAAUGAUGAAGGACAUCUCUUAGCGAAUUCAAACAUUAAGGAAAAGAAGAACACUAAUGGCCAAUUGUACAUUUGACCUGAUACACAGACCUCCAAAUUACUUUCUAUAUUUGGAUUCAGAACUUUUGCUCUCUAUGUUCUGGGACUUGGGGGUGGGGUAAGAGAAAAGGAAAUUGAUGAAAAAGCAAGCUAUAUUAUCUGGAGUUUUAAAAUUCUACAAGAGACGAAGUUUAGAAGUAUAUAACAUAGCAGCUGUUGGAAUUAGGUAACAGAUGUGAAAGCGCAAUUGCUUUCUCACGCACACAUCAGUGUUUGGGGUUUUUAAAAAACUAUUCUGUCAGUGACUACAACUUUUUUACUCAGGCUUUCUAUGGCAUGGAUUUCCUUUGACGUCUCACAUUUUUUAUAGAUUUUAAUGCAUCCAAACCAUCCCUCUUCUCUAGUUAAUGUGCCAAAUUGUCCAUUUUGAACUCAUCUCCAGCCAAUUUCAAAGAAACUUCUUUGAAAGAAAACAGAUCAGCACAGUUCUGCAAUAACAGUUUUAAGAUGAAUGUCAGGUUUGGGGGGAAGGGAAAUCCUUUUUUCAAUGUACUGUAUUGGGACACUGGUAACUAUUAACCUAACCCAGUGUUCAGUGUAGAACUAUACACACACACACACACACACACACACACACACACACACACAUAUAUAUAC